AAUGGUCACCGCCGACGAGACGGUACUCGCCACAACGACCAACACCACUUCCAUGUCUGUGGAACCAACGGAUCCGAGAAGCGCUGGUGAAUCGUCCUCAGAUUCGGAGCCAGACACAAUUGAGCAGCUGAAGGCAGAACAGCGCGAAGUGAUGGCCGACGCGGCGAAUGGUUCCGAAGUCAACGGAAAUCAAGAGAACGGAAAAGAGGAAGCGGCAUCUGCAGACGUGGAAGUGAUCGAGAUAGAUGACACCGAAGAGUCUACGGAUCCCUCACCUGAUGGAUCUGAUGAAAACGGUGAUGCUGCAUCUACAUCGGUUCCAAUCGAAGAGGAAGCGCGUAAAAAGGAUGAGGGGGCUUCCGAAGUGACUGUGGCAUCAUCUGAGAUUGAACAAGACGAUGAUGGCGAUGUUAUGGAAAUCACUGAGGAGCCGAACGGAAAGUCGGAGGAUACUGCCAACGGAACAGUUACUGAGGAGGUGCUAGAUGAAGAGGAGCCAGAACCUUCCGUAAACGGAACAACUGAGAUCGCUACAGAGAAAGAGCCAGAAGAUUCUUCAAUGCCUGUCGAACAGAAUGGGAAGGGUGUGAAGCGGCCUGUCGAAUGCAUCGAACUCGACGACGACGAUGAUGACGAGAUUCAGGAAAUUUCUACCCCUGCCCCAGCUAAAAAAGCUAAAAUUGAUGAUGUCAAGGCGACAAGCGUUCCAGAAGAGGACAACAAUGAGCAGGCGCAGAAGAGAUUGCUCGACAAGCUGGAAGAGUAUGUGAAGGAGCAGAAGGAUCAACCAUCCAGCAAAAGCCGAAAAGUUCUGGACACUCUUCUCGGAGCAAUCAAUGCGCAAGUUCAAAAGGAGCCUCUGUCGGUUCGGAAGCUGAUCCUGGACAAAGUUCUCGUUCUCCCAAACACAAUAUCAUUCCCACCAAGUCAAGUUUGCGACUUAUUGAUUGAGCACGAUCCCGAAAUGCCUUUGACGAAGGUUAUCAACAGGAUGUUUGGAGAAGAAAGACCAAAGUUGAGUGAUUCCGAGAAACGAGAGAGAGCUCAGCUGAAACAACAUAAUCCUGUUCCAAAUAUGACAAAACUGCUCGUGGACAUUGGACAGGAUCUCGUUCAAGAAGCUACCUAUUGUGAUAUAGUUCACGCGAAGAAUCUUCCAGAGGUGCCAAAAAAUCUUGAAACCUAUAAGCAAGUCGCUGCGCAGUUGAAACCAGUUUGGGAGACAUUGAAACGCAAAAAUGAGCCGUACAAGUUGAAAAUGCAUCGAUGCGACGUCUGUGGAUUCCAGACGGAAUCAAAGCUGGUUAUGAGCACUCACAAGGAGAAUUUGCACUUCACAGGAUCCAAAUUCCAGUGCACCAUGUGUAAAGAGACGGACACGAGUGAGCAAAGAAUGAAGGAUCACUACUUCGAAACUCAUCUUGUUAUUGCAAAAUCGGAAGAGAAGGAGUCCAAGUAUCCAUGUGCAAUCUGCGAAGAAGACUUCAAUUUCAAAGGUGUCCGUGAGCAGCAUUACAAGCAGUGCAAGAAGGACUACAUUCGCAUUCGAAACAUCAUGAUGCCGAAGCAAGACGAUCAUCUCUAUAUCAACAGAUGGCUCUGGGAGAGGCCCCAAUUGGAUCCCAGCAUUCUUCAACAGCAGCAACAAGCUGCUCUUCAGCAAGCUCAACAAAAGAAGCAACAGCAACUUCUGCAUCAACAGCAAGCAGCACAAGCUGCAGCCGCUGCGCAACUCUUACGGAAGCAACAAUUACAACAGCAACAACAACAGCAACAGGCUCGUCUUCGUGAGCAACAGCAAGCGGCCCAAUUCCGGCAAGUGGCUCAACUGCUGCAACAACAAUCAGCGCAGGCUCAACGUGCACAGCAGAAUCAAGGAAAUGUGAAUCAUAACACUCUGAUUGCAGCAAUGCAAGCGUCGUUGCGUAGAGGUGGUCAACAAGGAAAUUCGCUGGCAGUUUCUCAACUUCUCCAAAAGCAAAUGGCAGCUUUGAAGUCGCAACAAGGAGCUCAACAACUUCAGGCUGCGGUGAACUCCAUGAGAAGCCAGAACAGUCAAAAGACGCCAACACACAGAAGUUCGAAACUUGUUACUACGCCGUCUCAUGCUACUGUUGGCUCUUCUUCAGCUCCCACGUUUGUAUGCGAAAUUUGUGAUGCGUCAGUGCAGGAAAAGGAGAAGUAUCUACAGCAUCUUCAGACUACUCAUAAGCAGAUGGUUGGAAAAGUGCUGCAGGACAUGUCGCAAGGAGCUCCACUGGCAUGUUCUCGAUGCCGUGACAGAUUCUGGACUUAUGAAGGGUUGGAGCGGCACUUGGUGAUGUCGCAUGGUCUCGUCACUGCUGAUCUGCUCCUCAAAGCGCAAAAGAAGGAAGACGGAGGUCGAUGCAAGACAUGCGGCAAGAACUAUGCGUUCAACAUGCUUCAACACUUGGUAGCUGAUCAUCAAGUGAAGUUGUGCUCGGCUGAAAUCAUGUACUCGUGCGAUGUGUGCGCGUUCAAAUGCUCGAGUUAUCAGACUCUGGAAGCCCAUCUCACUUCAAAUCACCCAAAAGGAGAUAAGAAGACAUCAACACCAGCAAAAAAAGAUGAUUGUAUUACUCUGGAUGAUUAAUAGGAAAACGAAUGGCUUAUCCCGUUCUACGAAUGAGUGCUGGAAACAUUCUUCACAAUGAUCUCAAUUAUUUCUCUUAUUCUUUACAUUCAAUCAUUUUAAAUCACCAGUUCUCCCACUUUCAUUGAUAUACACAUUCUAUUGCGGGUUCCGGAACCGAAAUCAAUCAGUACUUUACUUUAUUUCCCCAAUUUUUCUCUUCAUGAUAUCUGGUUUAUUCUCGCAUCUUCCCCUACCUUCAAAACUCCCUAUUUUUUUUUCAAAACCUAACUACCCCACAAUUAUCAUGUAAAAUCAAAUUGCAAUUCCCCAUAAGACAGAUCAGUAUACACUUUCACUUCAUACGUCUGUUGUUCUCCCCCAUCUCAUACUUUUUUUACCAUUUGUCCAGUUAAGAUUUUUGGAAGAUAUCUAUCAUAUAAAUAUUAUCACCUUU